GGGGCGCGGAAGAGAUACAGCUCGCAGAAAGGCCCAAGGCAGGACGCCAAACAGAAGUUGGGGGAGGGGCGGGGCCGUGUACUAGCGUUCCCGUCUCCAUGGUAACUGAUGGAACGCUGCGUGUCUUCCCCGCCCUCCGGUAAAAGAGCCAGGGCGCAAGCGCGGCGUAGUCGUCAGAGCGGAGAGCGCGGCCCGGUGCGCAGAGCGUUGGGAUGGCGCAUUACAAGGCCGCGGACUCUAAGCGAGAGCAGUUCCGCCGCUACCUGGAGAAAUCCGGGGUGCUGGACACGCUCACCAAAGGUAACGAGCUCCGAGCCGCUGCCCCCAGCGUGGGGGAAGUGUUGGUAGCCCUAUAUGAAGAGCCAGAGAAACCAAAUAGUGCACUGGACUUUCUGAAGCAUCAUAUAGGAGCCGCAGCUCCAGAAAAUCCAGAAGUAGAGGCCCUUCGCCUGGAAGUGGCAGAGAUGAAAGAAAAAUAUGAAGCUGUGUUGGAAGAAAACAAAAAACUAAAAGCAAAGCUGUCUCAGUAUGAACCACCUCCAGAAGAGAAGCGUGGUGAAUAGGAAUGCUUUCACCUUUUGGUUACUUAACUGAAUAAAGGGCUUCAUCAGAA